UUUGUUUGUUGAUGAUAUAUAGUUUUUAGAGUCAGAUAAAUUUCCCACGAACUGAGAAGAAAAGUACAUUCAAAAUUCAUAAGCUAAAAUAACAUUGCAGAGUAAGCUUUAAAAACUAACAUUUUAUAAAAAUAUGAUGAAUCGACAGGACCCAUUCUCGAAGGAAGCCGAGCUGAAGAACAAAGCGAGACGAGAGCUGGCCAAUGGGCUCGAAAAGGACUCAAUCUACAAAUUGCGCCUGCAAUGUUUCAGCCGUGGCGCCACUGGCAUCUUAGGACUUGCCAGAUCGUUUCGUGUGAUGGAUGACGAUGGCAGCAAGACACUAAGUCUGGAAGAGUUCACGAAGGGCAUUAUAGACAUAGGCCUCGAUGCGAACGAGUCUGAUAUUCAAGAUAUGUUUAAUCGUUUCGAUACCGAUGGAAAUGGCACCAUAAACAUGACAGAAUUUCUUAUGAAGCUGCGCCCUCCAAUGGGAUCCUCUCGCCUGAAUAUCAUAAACAAGGCAUUCAGUAAAUUGGACGCUAAUGGUGAUGGUCAAAUUACUAUCGCCGAUUUGAAAAAUGUUUACUCGGUACAAGAUCAUCCAAAGUAUUUGAGUGGUGAGAUGACGGAAGAUGAGAUUUUAUUGAAUUUCCUGAAAAACUUUGAAGCCGGUGCUCCCAAUCCUGACGGAGUAGUUACUAAAGAGGAGUUCGAGAACUAUUACGCCUCAAUCAGCGCCUCGAUUGAUAACGAUGCCUAUUUCGAUUUAGUUCUACGACGUGCCUAUAAGCUAUAAGCUCGGCUUUGGUCAUAUUUUUGGAAAAUUUUGACUACAGUUCCUCGAAAUCCGACCAUAGGCUAGUUGGAGCAUUUUACUUUCGAUAUAUAAAAUAUUUAAAACAAAUAUUAAUUCAAACUAACUCCGCUUAGUUAUGCAUGAUGUCUACUAAAAUCACGAAAUUCCUGUUGCUUAUCUGUAUAUCCAAAUAAAAUGGCUAUAUGCAUAAUUUAA